AUGUUGUCAACAUCAAUCGAUCCUCAUAAUAGUAGUCAUGGACGACCAUUAAGAAUUGUUUCAACGAACCGACUCUUUACGAAAGUUAGAACUGAACAGCCAACAACGGAAACAGUAUUACCAUCAAUAAUCGAUACGACAAGUUUAUUUUCCGACCAUCAUCUAGAUGUUUUUACAAAAGAUGAAGCUAUCCUCGAUGAAACAACGAUGAUCACAACAUCACCAUCAUCACCGGCACCAUCAUUCGUUGAUUUUCGUCAUAAUCUUUCAUCAUCUCGGUCAACGCCAUCAUCUCCGACAUCAUUCUCACCAUUACAACAUGACCAUAGUUAUGGUCUAUCAACGAAUUCAUCAUCAUUUCUACCAUCGCCAUCAUCACCUGAUUUAAUUAUUCAUACUUCCGCAACAGUUAACUCAUCUCCGAAUGUCUCUUGGCCACAAAUCAAUUGUCGAGCAUUAAGACCUGAUGAUUACCAUAUGUUAUUGGAAUUACUUUCAUCGAAUACGAAUACUGAUUCACCACCAGUUUUCUUUGGUUCAGCAUUGAUCGAUCCGUCCACACCGACGCCCUACUCCGAUGCAACGCGUACACAGCCAAAGAAACGCAUACGUCCCGGGCACGUCAAACGUCCAAUGAACGCAUUUAUGGUUUUCUCACAAAUUGAACGUCGAAAGAUUGUCCAACUCGCACCGCAUUUGCCUAAUGCUGAUAUUAGCAAAUGUUGUGGAGCCAAAUGGAAACGAAUGUCAUUACGUGAUCGACAACCAUAUAUGGAAGAAUCCGAACGAUUAAAACAACUUCAUGCACGACAAUAUCCAACUUAUAAAUAUCAACCACGAAAACGUAACAAGUCAACGUUAUCAUCGAGUACAUCUGUUUCCUCAUCAACAGCAACUGCUUCAUCAUCUUCGUCACCGCCGAUUUUAACGACAAGUCCUGCACAAUCAUCAACUAUUUCCAAGAACCAACCGGAAACUCCACCACCUUCACUUCCUCAACCGACAACAGGAUCGAAUUCAAAUGAUCCGAUCUCACUUUUAGUCACCACACUAUUCGAUCAAAAACUAUCAAUGUUCGCUAGUAAUCUUCAACAUUUGAAUCUCGAUCAACUACAAUAUCAUUUUACACCACCAAAUGCUCAACUGUAUUCCACAACAUCCAUGCCAUUCGAUCCGGUCACGUUCCUUGCUAAACAACAACAACAUCGACUUGUUUAA